GUCGACUUCAAGUUUCAGUUACAAUUCGGCAGCGACUCGGCCUGGUUGCAAUUCCCUCAAUUGCUCCGCGCGUGUCUCUUUGUGCUUGUGCGUGUAUCCUGAAAUAUAGCUACAAGGAUAUACCAAUAAACUGCUGCCUCAUUCGGAUUAGGAAUUAGUUUUCAUCCUGUCGCGAUGAGAAUUCUGCCAUUGCUGUUGGCACUGACGCUGCUGGCCAUUGGUGUCGCCGCAGCAGCUUCCACGACCACGGCCAAGACCACUACCAUUGCUUCCACCACGACAGCAAAGCCAAAGAGCGGGUCCAAGCCGAAGGCUGAGGCUGAGAAGCCAACUAAGCAGCCAUCGCCAUCUGCAAAGCCAUCGUCCACAGCUGCCACCACGCGGCAAUCGAAGGCGCUGAAGGCACCUGUGAAUCCUGGCGAGAACCGCGGCAAGAGGACGCUCUUCGACUUUGGCAAUGCCGGCUAUCUGUAUCCGGAGGUAGCCAGCAGGAGGUCCGGCUAUGUGGACAACACAGCCAGCUAUUAUCCCCAGACUGGCUACUACAGCGGACAGAACGCCAUUGCUCAAUAUCCCGGACACUUCGGUCCGGCAUAUGCGCCAUACCCGCAGUACCUGGAGGCGCCUGAGCCCAUUAUCGAGAUCAUUAUCAAGGAUGCCAAUGAGACACUCGCCGAGGAGCCUGCCCAGCCGAUAGUGACCAGGAAGAAGAAGAAGAAGGAGAAAGUCCAUGUGUUCUAUGUGAAUUACAAGAAGGACCAGAACAACAAGCUGCACCUGGAGUCGCCGAUAGCCUCAUUGAACAACGACGACAACGAGGAGGAAGAGGAGGAGGAGGAGGAGGUGAUCCAGUACCCGGUGACCCCUCUGCCACCGCUGAAACCCACCACCCUGCGCACCAUCAUCCACCCCGACUCUGAGAAGUUCCACAGCAACUCCGGAAUCCACGUCUCCUUCGGGGCAGAGAACAAACACCAGACUGGGCACAUUCUGGAGGAGCACGAUGCCGAGAGCAUUCAGCGCCAGGUGGUGGCUCUGCCGCUCCCAGUGACCGCCACUGGCCUCAAGGCAGAUGGCGGCUAUUCCGGAAACACCCGCGCCGACUAUGGCAGGGAGAGCAGCUUUGGCAGGAGCCCCGGACCCAUCGCCAAUCUGCUCUUUGGAAGUGGAGGCAGCUCAAACAACUUCCACCAGCAGUCGAACCUGCACUUCCAGAGCCAGCAGCAGCUUCCGUCGCAGCACGGCAGCAACUAUUUCAGACCACCCUCCGCUCUGGUGGGCCCUCCUCCCUCCUAUCAGAAGCCAGCGCCACAGCAGCAACUGCAACAGUCGCAGUCACAACUGCAACAUCCGCAGCAACAGCUCCAGCAACCACAGCAGACGCGCCCAAGCAUCACGCAGCAGCAGUUGCCUUCCACCUCGUCCCAGACGAUCUUCAACAAGCUGGUCCAGCAGUCGCAAUACUACAUCAAUCACAAUCAGCAGUAUCCGUCGCAUCACCAAAGUCAAAGUCAGCAACACCAGCAGCAGCAGUACCAGAAGCCACCCAACAAGCAGGUCCAGGUGCCAUUCUUCCCUACGAUUCCGCCCAAGACGCAGGAGCAGUCCUCGCGCCCGAGUCCAGCGCCAUAUCAUCCCAUCAAGUUCCGUCCCACGCCAGCUCCCACGACGCACGUGAAGCCCUUACCUCUGCCCGUAAAACUGGACAACGCAAACUACCAGCAGCAGCAGCAGCAGCAGCAGCAGCAGCAGCAGCAGCAACAUUAUCAGCCACAGCAGCAACAAAAGGUGCCACAGCCUUACCAGUUUGUUCGACAGCCCCAGUUUGUGCAGCAGCCACAGUUUGUGGUGCGUUCCCCCACGCCUGUGCCGGAAUAUUACCCGCAGCAGCACCAACAAUCGCAGCAGCAUCGCCAGCAGCAACAGCAACAGCAACAGAAGACCAUUCAGAGCACCCUCAACUACUUUGAUAUAAAGCCAUCCAAGGAGACAGAGCUGUUGAAGUCCAUACCCAAGUAUGAGCAGCACAUCAUUGAGACCGUGCAGAAUCCCAUUAAUCCCUCACAGCAGCAACAUCAUCAUCAUCCUCAGCAGCAGCAGCAGAAGCAGCAGCAGCAGCAGCAGCAAUUCAGUUACAGCAGCACUCGUAAUGAGGUGAUCCACGAUGUGCCCGCUCCCAAUCUCGCACCCUCUGCCCAACAGCCUGUCUCCGGCCAUUACAUAACCGCUAGCUCAGGGAGUAUCCAAGAGCAGCAGCAACAGCAGCAGCUGCAGCAAUCUCACUUCGCCAGCUUUCCCAGCGAGGCUUCGCCCCAGCCUCCCGUCUAUGCGGAGUCCACGCAUGGCCAGAAGGUAAUGGUAGUCACACCCGUGCCCCCAUCGGCCAACUAUGUGACCUACAACCACUACAACCAAUUGGCAAACGAGCCCGUAGUCCAUGUAAACUCUCAGACCGCCGCAUUGCAGGCCCAGGCCAGCACAAACUUUGCCCAGCAGCCCAGGCAGCCGGCUGCCUCCCAGAUCACCGCUCCCUCGACGGACCACUCGCCCUUCAGCGUGUCCACCUUCCACUCAGAUGUCUUCAAGGAGCUCGAGCAGCGAAACCAGCAGGAGCAGCAGUCACAGCCACAACAAUUGCAACAGCAACAGCAGCAGCAGCAACAGCAGCAACAGCAGCAACAGCAACAUCAGCAACAGCAACAUCACCAGCAACAACAGCCAAGUGCUGCUCCAGCUUCAGUUCCAGUUCCCGCGCCAGCUGCCUCAUCUGCUUCCUCUCCCAAUGGAAAGGCCUCGCAGACGCUGCUACAAUUGCCCGACGAAGUGCCCGAGGAUCUGCGCCAGCAACUCUUCUCCUCCGGCAUCCUUAACAACGCCGACAUCUCCAUCCUCGACUACGACAAGCAAGGGGACAUUGCCCUGGAGAACCUUCCCGCCGAGCAUCUGCAGCACUUCUAUGGAGCCGGCGGUGGCGCCCAGAUUGCCGAGACCAACAAGGUGCUCACCGUGGUCAAGCCGAAUGGGGACAAGGUGGCGCUCAGCGAGAAGCAGAUCGAUCGCGUCAAGCAGAGCAACUCGCUGCCCCAGAAGCAGAAUCUGGACGUAAAGGUGGUACGCUAUGAUGCGGGACAGGGACAGAGCGUCAGCGAGAAGUACGUGCGCACCGAUGCCACCGUGGUGACCCCCGUGGACCUGACCGAGCGACAGCAGUACAACCGCUACCUGCCACUGAAGAUUAACGGAGCCCAGUUCCCCAUUCCAGACAGCGAGGAGCUGCAGGGCAAGAAGAUCGUGAGCGUGGUGGUCCUGGCGCCCGUCGAGGCCCAGCCGGGGACGACGAGCAGUGAGGGGCGCAGUGUGGACAACAAGGAGGUCAAGUUCUUGGGCGGCGAUCUCAUCAAAACCCUCGUCAAGAAGCCCACCAAGGACAACUUCAAGCGUUGGCUGGAGAAAGAGGCGCGUACGGACCUCGAGCUGCAGUCCGUUGUCCUGCUGGUGACCAGAUCCAGCGACUCGUCCGCGGAUCAGGAGAUCUUCAUGUACGACAUCGGCACGGGCAGUAUCAACCGGUUGAACGGGGAGCUCUCCAGCACCUUCGUCAACGUGGCCGAGGAGAACGCCAGCAGCGAGGAUCUGGAGCAUGCCGCCACCCUGGACCCCAGCACGCUGGAGUCCAUGAUGCAUCUGCGUCGCAGAUAGAUUGAGUCGCCACCGCAGUCCACAACGAAAUGCCAUUUAGCUACUCUUCUACAUCAUCGUGCGCCAAUUCCACAAUUUCAUAUCGCUUUAUUUUUUUUACCCCCCCUUCCUUAGUUUUGCAUUCCCCUUUUCUCUUCUCUUUGAUCUAUCCUCAGGUUGCACAUCUUCCACCAAAAGAGAAUCAUGCUUCAUUGAUCACGGCAUUGCAUCCCCAAUUCCUCUCGUAGUAUUUCCAUUUUGUAAAUAUUCUAUGCUGAUGUUACAAUUAUCUUAAUUUAAGUUAAUUUACGUAAAACAAUCAAAAUAAAUAAGAAAAACGUAGUCGUGUCAGAUGCAGUA